UUUUUAUGAUAGAAAUCCAAGGAGUCUUGCAACAUUCAAAUUCAAAGCUAUGCGUUGUUCCGAAGUACCAGCAGGUCGUAAACAAUUCGGUGGUGAUGCUAACUGCAAAAUGUUCGGAAAGUUUCGCCCGUUUCCGAAGUCUCACCGACGGCUCUUUCCAGCACAUCGAUAGUGGAAUGUGUCUCGGUCCAAGAGGCGGUUGUAUUAAAUCUUCAAGGGAUGCAGAGCUCGUCCUUCUUGAUCUGUGUGGAAUAGAAGAGACCGAAUUUAGUUUUACCGAGAAAGGAAGUUUAAUGCAUGUGAUGUCGAAAACGUGUGCUCGUCCAAGCAGUUAUCCCGUAACAAACGAAGAUACGUCGAUGAUUGUGUUAAAUUCUUUAUGUGACACGCCUAGAGACAAGUUCGAAUUCGUAACAGUACCAAUGCCAACACCGACAUCCCUGCCAGGAAUUGGAAAUUGUGGUCGACCUACACUUUCGAAAGCUGCCUUGGUUAUUGGUGGGGUAAAUGCUAAACCAGGAGCCUGGCCGUGGCAGGCGGCACUCACGCGAGAUGGUCGUUUCAUAUGUGGAGGUUCUUUAAUAAACAAAAACUGGGUUGUAACUGCAGCGCACCGUAUCAACACCCGAAUAAGCGCGAGGAGAUACAAGGUUAUACUGGGUGAGCACGACCGUGGACACGGCGAAGGAACCGAACAGACAAUCAUGGUGAAAAGAUACGUGAGACAUCCCAGUUACAACAAACCAUAUCCAAUCAACAACGACAUUGCAUUACUUCAGUUGGAUACUCCAGCGAGGAUAACAUCACGUGUUAAUACCGUAUGUUUACCGCCACAGAACUACAAAGUACCACCAAUUAUCUCAACUUGUUACAUUACCGGUUGGGGAAAAAUUCGACAUCCUGGUAAUUCGCAUCCAAUAUUACAACAAGGAGAAAUGCCUCCUAUCUCAAAUGCUGUUUGUCACGAGAAACUAAAGAAACAACAAGGUGGUUCGUCACUGACCAUCACCGAGAACAUGUUAUGCGCUGGAAAAGAAGAUAAUGACAUCAGCGGUUGUCAUGGAGACAGUGGAGGACCUUACGUGUGCAAGGACAAAAGCGGCCGUUGGUUUUUACAAGGGAUCGUGAGCUGGGGCAGUACGCGAUGCCGAAUCUCCGAGAUCUACACCGUGUUUGCGAGGGCAGCGAGAUUUCGAACGUGGAUCGAUAAAGAAAUCUUGGAAGUAUCCGCUUAACCGGGAAUUGGAGAGAAUUAGCCGUUUCCGUUGCUGGGCAUUUUCUCUCGACCUAGUCCCCCGUAACGUGGACGUGUUGCGAAGCCAAACCGAAAGCACUGUUAACAACCGCUUAAUUACACGCAUACCGGAAUUUCAGCAAUCCUCAAAGGUUACAAGACUGCAUUUACCGUGUGUGAGUUUGUUUCCAAGUCGCAUCGGAUCUAUCGAACUACAUCUACUUGGCUUAAAUAACUAUUCUGCACAGACUCUUUUUAUCAUGGCAGAACAACCACCACCCUACCCAGGAGAGAAUACAAAGCAACCAUUACCUGCAGAUUACCCCGCUCAACCCUCCUACGCUCCUC